AGUAGGAGUGGAAACUCCAAACCUUAAACUCACUCACAGUGACAGUGUUUCUCUCCAGUCUCCACCUAUGGCUACCAGGCGUUUGAGGGCAUUCAAGCGAUGGAUGAAGUCCAAUGGAUUCGAGUGGAGCGACUCACUGGAGUUUGUGGACACCCCAGAAGAGGGAAUAGCUGUGAGAGCUUUGAGCCAGUUGAAGGAAGGUGAGGUUGUGGCCAAGAUGCCAAAGGAAGCUUGUCUCACCAUCAAGACUAGUGGGGCAAGUGAGAUCAUUGAAGGUGCUGGUUUGGGUGGUCAUUUGGGAUUAGCAGUUGCCAUCAUGUAUGAGAGAAGCUUGGGUGGGGACUCACCCUGGUAUGGCUACCUUCAAGUCUUGCCUCAACAAGAGUGCUUGCCUUUGGUUUGGACCCUCAAUGAAGUGAAUGACCUUUUGUGUGGUACUGAGCUUCACCAGACAGUGCAAGAAGACAAAACUCUUAUGUAUGAGGACUGGAAAGAGAAUAUUCUGCCUCUGUUGGAUUUAGCACCUUCAGAGCUUAACCCAGAAUUCUUUAGCGUAGAACAAUACUUUGCAGCCAAAAGUCUUAUUACUUCGCGAGGUUUCGAGAUAGAUGAUUACCAUGGUUCUGGCAUGGUCCCUUUAGCAGAUCUAUUCAAUCAUAAAACGGGUGCGGAAGAUGUGCAUUUUACUGCUAUGCCCUCUAACUAUGAUGCUGACGAUGAUGUUGAUGAGGGCAUUGUUGAUGAAGAGUUGGCUGAAAAUUCCUCUGUAGAUAUGUCUGAGUUAGAGCCUGCUCAAGUAGGUAACUGCAUUGGUAGUGACUCGGAGUGUUCUUCAGUUACUGAGGGUGAUGCUUCAAUACUAGAGAUGAUUAUGAUAAAAGAUGUCAGCAGUGGAGCUGAGGUGUUUAAUACUUACGGGAUAAUGGGUAAUGCUGCUUUGCUUCACAGAUAUGGAUUUACUGAACAAGAUAAUCUAUUUGAUAUUGUGAACAUUGAUUUGGAGCUGGUACUUCAAUGGUGUUCGUCUUUGUUCUCCGACCGCCAAUGUAGAACAAGAGUCUCCCUUUGGAGAAGGUUAGGCUAUUCUGCAAGUGACAGUGAAAACUCUGAAUAUUUUGAGAUCUCAUUUGAUGGAGAACCACAGACUGAACUCCUCAUUUUAUUAUACAUCAUGCUAUUACCAGAUGAUGCCUACCAUAAGUUAGACCUAUCAGUAUCAGUUGCUGGAAAUUGUCAUGAAUCAAGUGAAACAAGUCUUUCUAAUAUGAGCAAGAAAUCUGUGCUGACUAAAGAAGUUUGUAAUGCUCUGUUGUCGCUAGCCGAUAUGAGGGAGAGUCUCUAUGGUUCAAAAUCAAUGGAAGAUGAUAUUGAGGCAUUGGGAAGGUGUAGUUCAGUAAGUGAGAGAAAGCUGUAUAAUUCUUUGGUGCUGCGCAUUAGUGAACGGAAGAUCCUUCAAAAACUCAGAAGUUAUGCUUCACAGUCACAUAAAUCUAAGAUCACUAAUCAUAGUUCUGCAAGGAAGAAGUUGAAAAGGACAACAAAGAAAGACUGAAAGAGAGUUGAUUCUUUUUUAGCAUUUUUCUUCAAUUUUUUCCCCCUGAGAUUCUGUUACAUGUCUCAUUUAUUUAUAUUUUAUGACUUGAGUCUUUGGCCUAUGUGAAGUAGCAAAGCUACCUCUCAUUUGUGCCGUUUGGUUUUGGAUCAAGCUAACAAAUUUUGUAUCGCUUCCUUUUGUUAGUUUUUAAUGAACCGUUUGCCUUUUUAUAA